UGUGGAGCAUUUCCCAGAGCGACGCCCAGGUGGUGGAUGAAGCAUCGAACAGGGGGGGGGUGGGAGGAUCUGCGGCAAUGCGACGACGCGACAGAAGACUACUUCAAGGAGAAGCUGCGCAUGUCGCCACAGGUGUUCUGGGAGAUAGCGGAAGCUCUGUCUCCCUUCCUUCAACGGCGUGUCACUUUCUAUAGGGAGCCCCUCCAGCCUGACCUCAUUGUAGCGUUCGCUUUGUACAAAUGGGCAUCGGGGGAAACGUACGAGAGCGGGACGUGCAGCUUCGGCAUUGGCAGAAAGUCUGGGUUGGUGGCUAUGCGGGAUGUAACUUCGACGUUGCUGAGUGCGUACCGCGACAAGAUAUCGUGGCCAACGGGGCUGCAAAAGGCGGUCGUCUUGCUCGCUUUCGCUGACAAGGGUUUCCCCAACUGCCAUGGAUGCAUCGAUUGUACCCACAUCUUCAUCGACAAGCCAGCCCAUUGCCCCGAAAAGGACUACUACGACAGAAAACGUCGUUUCUCCGUCCAGGCUCAGGUGGUUGUCGAUCUGAACUUGUGCGUGCUGGAUGUGUUCGUCGGAUACCCGGGGAGUUGCCACGACGUGAGGAUCGUCCACCUGUCCAGUUUGUGGGCGCGCACGGAGGCAGUGGAGCUUUUCACAGGGCCACCUGUCAUGCUGCCUUUCGGUGUGCGGACGAACGGGUAUCUACUGGGCGACAACGGUUACCCCCCCUCGAAAUGGGUAGUCGUCCCCUACGGCGGUGUAUCACAGCACCUGUCGGAGAUGCGGUUCGACAACAAGCAGAAGACGGCGAGGGGAGCAGUCGAGAGGGCUUUCGGCAGAUUGAAGAGGAUGUGGAGGUUGUUCCUUCGCUCCCACAAGACGAACAUGGAGACGUUGCCGCAGCAAUUCGUCGCCGUCUGCAUUCUGCACAACAUACUCAUCGACGCGGGCAUCCCGUUCGACGACAAUGCUGUGGGAGGUCGGGCCGGAUGGUGUUCGUUGCAGGGUGGACCUUGGGAUGCAACGCCCGUUGAGGCAGAUGUGUAUGGAGUCGUCGACGGGGGAUGCGUUGAUCCUCCGGGAUGCAUUGGCAGAGCGAAUGGGUACGCAGUGAAGACGGCCAGUCGUUGGGAGCGGGCGGCAUGCAGCCGCUGAGAGAGAGAGAGAGAGAGAGAGAGAGAGAGAGAGAGAGAGAGAGAGAGAGAG